CGAAUUUUUUAUGUUUCGCGACUCUCCAAUUUGCUUGAAAAGAAUCGAUUUACUGGCCUGCAGACGGAAAAAUUGAGAAAGACAAGAUGUCAAACUUACAACUACCAAGUCGAAGCUCAGCUGCUGUUAUAAUUGAAGCAAGUGUAUGCGUUGCUCUGAAUAUUACGAGCAUUAUUGGAAACAGUUUGGUUUGUACAGCAGCGUACAGAAACCUAAACUUGCGAUCCACUACCAACCUGUAUAUCAUUGCCUUAGCAGUCAGCGAUCUACUGGUUGCAACGAUCGAGAUACCUUUAACUUCUUUAACGCUGAUCGUUGGAAAGUGGGACUUCGGCGACGCGUUAUGCCAAAUUCAAGGCUUUGUCGCCGAAUUCGCCUUUUAUAUGACCCCCGGAACCCUUGGUUUGACAGCGUUCAACCGUUACGUGAAAAUCGUAAAGACAAAUCACUACAAGAAGAUUUUUUCACCUCGCAGAUCUAAGAUUUGGCUGAGCUGCUUGUGGCUUUCCCUUGCCCUUUACCUUUUUACUUUGCGAGUCACAAAUUGGAUCAAAAUUGAUUUUAUUCAACGUUUCGCUUUGUGCGCCUUUACUUAUCCAAGCAGUGAAAUUCAAAUCAUUCAUUAUUGUAUAGCUGUUGGAUUUUAUUUUGUUUUACCUUUGUGCAUCGGUAUCUUUAGUUAUUAUAAAAUAUUUCUCAAAACCCAUGAGCAUCAGCAGAAUGCAGACGCAUCGCUACAGAACAGGAAUGAAAAUGGUGCAGCACAAAACUCAGUGAAAGAACUAAACAUUACUCGAAUGUUGUUUUAUGUGGCCGCGGGAUUUUUGUGUUGCUGGAUACCGAUGUGGGCAAUGGUCCUCUGGUUUCGUUUUUCCCCUGAGACCUGCCCAAGAACUGCAACUUUGCUUACUAUCUUUCUCUUUUUUUUUAGUACUACAGUAAAUCCAAUCAUUUACACUUUCACGAAUGGCGAGUUCCGAAAGGAAUUUCACAGACUGCUCUGUUGCUGAAAACGAUGUCGUGGAACGAAAAGAACAUGCAACGAACUUUUAGUCUUGCAGACUUGAAAGAAUAAGAUUCUCUUUUGGAGGCCGGACGGAAAUGUCAUUUUAUUAUUUCUCUUUGUUAUCGCUCGCUUGCUUCGCUUUUUUUCAUUUUGUUUUGAAUUGCAUGAGUGUUUGUUUUUGUUUGUUUGUUUGUUUGUUUGUUUGCGUAAAGGAAUUUCUGAACGCUUACAAAAUUCCUUUUAAUGCUGAUCAGAAGACUGAAAAAAGUUUUUUCUGCAAGUAAUCACAACCAGAAAUAAGGUCCCAGCCGAAGAAUUUAACAAGAAUGUAACAAGAAAUUGGCUAGACAAAGGGCGAUAUCUAAGAAAGCGACUUUUUGAAACUACAAAGAAAACCUGGGAACGAUAUUUAAUUUAGCCCUAAUAACAUAUUUCUUUAUAACAUAACCAAAGUAAAGCGCGCGCUCUGAUUGGUC